AUGGACUUAUACUGUUGCGAAACAGCAGAAAACGAAACUAAAGCUUACGAUGACCCGACACUGUUGCAGGACAGAGUACUCAAGAACUUACUUAAAACCGAGGAUAGGUACGUCCUGCCGUAUCCUGCCUCGUUGGUAGUACAAAAGGAAGUUACUGCCGAGAUGCGGAAGAUUGUGGCUGAGUGGAUGAUGGAGGUAUGUGAGGAGCAAAAGUGUCAAGACGAAGUAUUUUGUUUAGCAAUGAACUAUAUGGACAGAUUUUUAAUGUGUUGUUCUAUAAUGAAAAACCAACUACAGUUAUUAGGAACCACGUGUAUGUUAUUAGCAUCGAAAUUACGAGAAUCCAGGCCACUAGCUGGCGAAACUUUAGUGUACUAUACGGAUCAUAGUGUCACGAAAAAACAACUUUGGAGUUGGGAACUUCUAGUCUUAAGUAAAUUAAAAUGGGAUAUAUCCGCCGUUACGCCACACGAUUUUUUAAAACACCUUAUCAACAGGCUGCCGCCUCUCGAAAGCCAUUGGAACAUCAGUUACGAGAUGGUCCUUAACCACGCCAAAACACUAAUCACCCUUUGUGCGAGAGAGUUCAUUUUUUCGAGGUACCACCCAAGUAUUAUUGCAUGUGCGAGCAUAGCGUCGGCACUCUGUGGAGUCGGCUGGGUGGACAAAAGUGGACACAGCCUAGAGGAUCUUUUACAGAGACUGACUGAAAUAACCAAUAUAGAAAAGGACUACGUCCAACAAUGUCUAAGUCAGAUCGAUAAAAUGAUAAGAGAAUCUUCCUGUGCUGAUCAAGCACCUCAAUCUAGCGAUGUAACUAAUAUGGAUUCCACCCUGCGACCAGGAGAGUUUACGCCACCCCCCAUGGAAAAAAACCAACAUGAGACGGCGCUGACUCCGACGGACGUGCACGACAUACAUUUUUGA